AUUAAAUAACGCACAAGGGAACGAUACGUGAGAGUGGUAGGGGAAUUAGAGAGUGGGGCGGGAUCAGUUAGUAAGAGUAAAAUAGUGUUUAAGAUUUAGAUCUAAGACUUCAAUUCAGUUACGUAUGUGCAUUAAAUUAAGCUACAAAUGAUUAAUAUCACAGCUAUGGAGUCCUUCCAAUGAUAGGGGGUCACGAAGGAUAAAGAAAGAAUAUCAACAAACAGGAAAACAUUCAAAGGUGCAGAAAUUUGUGUGACAGGCUCAAAAUGGCGGUUGAUGGUGAAAAAGCUCUUCGACAAUCUAAGGUGGAGAACUGUCAACAGAUGCUCUCUCUUAAUGAAAUGUUCCAUCUUGUCGGAGAUAGGCUGACCCCGAAAGAAGUAGUGUGCCUCACCAAAAACGGACUCUCCGAUGUCUCUUCAAACUUAGGAAAAGACUCAAAAAGCCCCUCGGAUGCUAGUGUUUGUAAUAACAACACGGCCAGCAGUAGUAGAACAGUUCGUUCUCAUGCGACGGAAGCUAAAAACAUUUCAUCUCCUCCACAAAGCUCUUCUUCCAGACCAAGAGUGACGAACGAAAUCGACCAGAGAUCUUUGAUGAAAAAGGUGAACGAUGGCUACGACUACUUCAUGGCUUUAGAAAGGGCAGGUAUGGUCGACGGUACGAACUUCGGCAAGAUCCUGCAUGCUCUUGCAAUCACAGGCCGACAGGACCUCCUCCCUUACGUCACCCUUCGUCGACGAAAAACUGUUACACCUGAUCCUGUUGAUGAAUACCUUGAAGAAACCUCUCGUAAUGGCCAGAAGAGACCCAUCGACUCUUCUUUGUCUUCAACCACAAAAGGCUCAACUGCCACUGUAACUGGGACCCCAGCCAAAAGACCAAGAAAAUCUCGUGCUGGCCGUAGCAACCGUAAAUCAAAAACCCGGAUAUCACAAGAUAGUGACAUGAACAAAUCACAGGAUUCGGAUGACAUUAAAAAGAAAGUAACUUGCGAUAUUCGGUUGAGAGUCCGUGCUGAGUACUGCCAUCAUGAAAAUGUGCUUGAAGGCAAUGUCUUCUCAAAUAAACCUGAGUUACUUGAAAGGCAGUUUGAAAAAUUUGCCCAGGCCAACACAAUCCUUAAAUCUCGGGACCUCGGUUCCAUUAUUUGUGAUAUAAAAUUCUCAGAACUCACUUAUUUGGAUGCAUUCUGGCGAGAUUAUAUUAAUGGCUCAUUAUUGGAAGCUCUUAAAGGCGUGUUUAUCACAGAGUCCUUGAAACAGGCUGUUGGUCAUGAAGCCAUCAAGUUACUUGUUAAUGUGGAUGAAGAUGAUUAUGAAGCAGGUCGACUGAAGUUACUCCAGAAUCUCCAAGAUUAAAGAACAAGGCUGACAUUAACAUUUUUUUUUUAAUUAUUAUUAAUAUUAAAUAAAAAAAAUAUUUUUUUGGUUAAUUUUUUAGCCCAAAUAGUGGUAGCUGAAAUUAACGGCUGCUAGCAUGUCCCUCUAGAUUUAGGGGUUGGGGGAGGAUGGUGUGGGCGGUGGGGAGUAUAGGGGUGCCCUAAAUACCAUUGACGGUUGUUACAUCACCGUUGACAUUAUUACAUGGUGCUAGCUAUUUUCCCCCCCAUGCAACCUGAAGACUCACCCGAGUGAUUGUCUUUCUCCUUCCCACCAUUUCUUCUAGCUAUUUCUGUCAGCAGCAACCGUUUCUUCAAAUGCUCACAUGUAAAUGAUGUGCUGUAUGUCAGAGCGCCACAUGUGACAGCACGCCUGCCACAUGUUGCAAUGAGCCAGGUAGGUGGCAGCACUUAAUAUUGGAGUGGCAUGACACAUGCGGCGGCACAACACAUAUUCUGCAAUGCACUGUGUGUCAGAGUACCACAUGUUACAAUAUGCUACAUGUUGGCUUACUAUGUAUGCUCCAUGCCAUAGUUUUGGAAAUUCCUGCAGAUUUUCUUUAUAUCAAAAUAAAUAUAUAUAUGUACAUACAUAGAUUAUAUAUAUUUAUAUAUAUACACAUUGAUAUAUAUAUAGUUUCUGUAUGUGUGUGUGUGUAUAUAUAUAUAUAUAUAUAUAUAGGUACACUGGUGGAAUACAUAAUUAUUUUAUAAUGUAUGCAUGUGUGUGUGUUGGAUGUAUAAACAGGAUAAAAAUUACUUGAUACGUGUAGUGGAGGUUUAUUUAUUCAUUCGGAGCUGAUAUUUUUUCUCUGUUGCUGCUUAGAGUAAGCAACAGAGUGAAUCAUUUUGCUGUGUGUGAUCAUUGAAGUGACAUGAAGAUGUCUUUUUUUUUUUUUUUUUUUUUUUUGUCACCUGAAGGAGUGAAUAUAGAAAGGAUUGGAUGGUUACUGUUUGUGUUUAAAAUAAGUGUCCUCUUUACACACAAACGUUAGAGUAAUAUAUACAUAUGUAUGUGUGUGUUUAUAUCUAUAUAUCUAUAUAUCUAUAUAUAUGUAUUAUAUAUUGCCGACAUGAGAACAUAAUUAUGAAUUCCCUCUUCAAGCUAUGUGUGUGCGUAUAUAUAUAUAUAUGUGUGUGUGAGUAUAUAUUAUAUAUAUAUGUGCUACAUAUAUAUGUGUAUAUACAUGCAUAUACAUAUACGCACAUGUGAGUAUAUAUGUGCGUAUGUAUAUAUACACACAUGCAUAUGUAUAAAUAUAUAUAUAUACACACACUCAUGCAUGCAUACACAUUCACAUAUAUUCUAAGGGAGAUGAAGUUGAUACACCUAGGUAAUAAAUCAAUAUACAUAUGAGUAUGGCCAAUGCUAGGUGGGUGGAGGUGCUUUUAAAGAGAGUUAAAGAAUAUAUAUACAGCCUUAAUAUUUUUCUCAGAAA